AUGGAUAUGCGGACACAUAGUUGUCAGUCAUGGAGCUCCACCCAUCAAGACUUUACAAGUCUUCGCUUUUUUGUCUAUACUGGUGGAGAUCCUGGAUUUACGCUCACAACAUCUCCACAGUCGAACGAUAAUGUUUACUCUAUAGCAUUUGAUGAGGAUGCCGAGCUUCGAGUGGAUCGUGUCACGGCUUUAAAGGUCUGGGACGCUGGCAUUCGACCAGGUGAUAUCUUGGAAACGGUCUCAGAUAAGCGAGUACAUACUAUGGACACUGAGGCAGCCUUGGUGUUGGUCAAAAUGGCCAAAUGUCCGUCAAUCAUUCGGUUUCGGUCGUCAACAAGCGGUACACGCGUGCGCUUUGAUGUUUUACUUGGGCGUCAAAAGCUUGGUGUGUUUUUUACAGGAGAUGGAGGUCACGAUAUCCCAAUUGUAACUCGAAUUGGCAGUCAACCAAGAUUGCAGGGUUAUAAUCGUGAUUCGGUAUCCGCUUCGGGGGCUUGUCUUGGUGACGUACUUGUAGCAGUAAAUGGCAACGACGCGGUCGCGGUUGGACUGAGCAUGACGACAAAAUACCUGGAAACGUGCCCACGGCCAGCAAAACUAACUUUUGAGCGCUUUAUGACCGAUGACUUCACCAAUAGAUGCUUUACUAUGCAAGCCCCAAGCAAAGAAUCUGGACAGCACCAGCGACAAUCAUCUUAUCAGCACGAUAUGAUUGUUGCAAAUGGUAUGCAAGCUCGAGAUCUAAGAAGUUCUGCAAGCUAUCGCUGCAAGAGCUUCAUAAAAGCAAUGACACCAAAAAGUAUUCAUACGGCUUCGUCAAUCUUACAAGAAAAAGCUGAAAAUCACGCUGGACAUCCUGAAAUGCGCGACAACGUCGUCGUAGAAUGGACGAGCGGACCUCUUGGUUUGACGUUGCUUGAAGAUGCCAUAUCAGGAGCACCAAUCGUGAAUCGCUUGACUGGAAAAGGCUCAUCGGCCAAUAUGGAGCGCCUUCAACACGGGUUCCAACUUUACUCGGUAAAUGGCGUUAAAACGGAAGGCCGCUUGCUACAAGAUCUCCACCGUGAUCUGUUGACGCUACCAAAGCCUCUAAAGCUAGUAUUUUGUCCUGCUCAUUCCAACGGUAUUUGUGAGAAAGACAGCGAGUCUCAUCGUAAGCUUAGUUCUUUGUCUUCGUCUUCAUCAAUUGCUCCAGCGAUCUCGAUUCAAAGUGAUGUUGAGCUUGAUGAAGGCGCUCACAGAGCGUUGGUCACGGCACCGGUAGCACAGGGCCGUCACUCCCAACAAGUACCUGCGAUUGACGAACAAUACGAAUACGAGGUGGUAUGGACUUCGAACCGGCUUGGAUUGCAACUCGAGAUAUCACACAAACCAACAAAGAAGGACAAGGCUGAUAAACUGCCCACUCGUCGCCACUACCCAAUCGUCCGCAAAAUUCUCAAGGAGUCUACGCUUGGACUACCGAGUGACGCUGUAGGGCAUUUGUUCGUGUCCAUCAAUAACUGGCAUACAUCUGGCUUGAGCGUAGAAGAACUUCGUACGCUUCUAGGAGCUGCGUCAAAACCUGCUCUACUACGCUUUCGCAGACAAGACGGAUUGCCGGAUUUUCAACGAACAUUUUUGUCGAAAUCCUCGUGCGGUACAGACGAGCAUUACAUGGACAGAAAAGCAACACUUGGGUCAGCCUAUAGCAUCCUCUGGAGCAAAGGAAAGCUAGGCAUUGUCUUUGGGUGCUACGAAGAUGCAGAUUGUCACAAUCUCCUGGUGGUCUAUGUCAAAAGCAUUGGGCCAGGACAAGCCCGGAACUCCAAGUUUGUUGCCGUCGGUGACAUUCUCUGCAGCAUCAACGGUCGAAAUCUCCCACCAAAGCACAGCUUCAAGAAAACGAUGCAGUCGCUAAUUAAUAUUUCGCAGCCUGUCACCUUAGGAUUUCGUCGACUCUUGGUCGAGCGCUGUUCCGACUGGAAUUGA